GUGGACUAUGGGAAACUGGAGGAAAAUCUGCACAAACUGAGCACCUUUCCCUUCCGAGGGUGGUGCUGGGGACCGUCCUCUUACUCGGAGGAGGAGGCCUCAUGUUGUGGAUGCAGAGGAAGAGAAGGAAGACAGAUUCUGAGACUGCACAAGACAAGCAAGGGCCACCAGAAAGCAAAAAAGCAAGGAAGGAGAACUGGAUCAAAUCGCACUUUAGCUGUCUUUCCGAAGAGAAGCUGGCUGCCGGCAGCAACCCCACCACCUGCAGCCACAGUGCCAGGGCCUGCAGCAGCGGCUCUGCUCCCCAGCCUGAGAAUGUCAGCGGGGAGGCCAGCCCCACCAUUCGUGUGGAGACCUUCACCACGAGGCAAGGAGAAGAGGGCAUGACUCUUCACCGGGAGCCCUUGACCAGCAAGCAGAGGAUGUCUGGGGCCUCAGUGACCAAAGAGACCCACAAGGAGUCUGGGAAAUCCUUGUCCACGGAUGAGGCCACAUGGGCCGCCGUGGCUGCCUGUACCAAGGAGAUUGAUACCAAGGGGCAGCAGCUGGCUAUCUCCAUGUUGCAGCGUGCCACGGCUUGCCAGAACUCAGGCCACCUGGAGUCCAAGGACAUCAGCCAGGAGGAGCUGAAGGCCCUCGAGGAGGUGGAGAUGAAGCUAAAAGGGAAUUUCCUCACCCAGCAGGAAACCACCAUAGCUGGUGCCAACCACACGCACACCUUCCAUAGCCAUUGCCACCCUGGCCACCAGGGUUAUCCAAGCCACCCGUGCCACAGCCUGCCGAACCGCAGCCACCAGGCCUACCAGCCCUUUAAAGCCACCUAACCACAGAUUGAGAUGCCCCUUCCCCCCAUGGGGCUGGCACACAAUCACAGGCAUCCUAUGUGGUCCAUCUCUCCGAUGGGGCAAACUAUGUGGCCCAGAUGCUGCUCAAAUCCCUUCUUCGUCAGGCCCUCACAGGGGUCCCGGGCCCCUUGGAGUCUGUGGGCGGGGUCUGCCACUGAUGGCCCCUGACGGAGGGAGAGCUGGGGGGAAUUGAAGCAGCUGAGACAGACUCGCAGGCCACGGAAGACCCACCAAGAGAAGAUGCCCGAGGCAGAUCCCAGGAGCAGCCGAGAGCACCACGCUGAUGCCAGCUGCCUGGAACUGAGCCAAUAAAGCCUUGUAUACCCUCA